AUGUUCUCAGAUGCGGGAAUGGAGGCGGGCUUUUGCUUUGAGGCUUUGGCAGCAGACAAUGAAACCAUGGUUGUGGUUAAUGUUUGUGGCAACUCAUCAGUUGGAAGGGCUUUGGCAAAGAACAUGGAGGAGGUUCCAGAAAGCCACUUGGAUGAGUACGGCUUGGAUAAUUUAAUUGUCCCAAUAGCUGUUGGUCCUGCAGAAAAGUGUGACAGAGAAAAAUAUAGCUUUUCUAUAGAUGUUGUUAUUCAUCCAUUACUGACCUCGCGGUGUGUGCCGAGUCACCGUUUAUUUGAUCACUACAUUCUCAGGCUCACAUCUUUGGCAAUUGAGUGGAUUUUGCAGGAAUGCGGCAUUCGACUUAACCCACGUUCUUGCAAAUUAAUCACUGAUAAAAAAUACUUUCAAAAUGGUAAGGAAAAUUUUAAUCAGAUACUCUCUAAGAUUGCAAAGGCGAUGGAGAAAGAAACCACAACGGUUCCUGCGAAUGAAAGUAAAGGUGAGGGAUUUUCUUUACCUUCUAAGCUUCAGCUAGAUGUUUCCCGCAAGAAUGAUGAGAUAACGCCUUCACCAUUGAUUAAAGAGAUGCCCCAAGGUACUGGGAUUCGAAAAGGAUUUCUUAACGAUGUUAGAUUGUACGGCGAUGGAGGAAGUAGUGAGUGCAAACAACCUCCGCUUGACCCACUUCUCCACCUUCCUGAACAGCUUAGGAAGAGAUGCCAGGUGAUUGACACGCGUCAAAUUAGAAGUGGGGUAACAGAUGCUUCAGCGGCAACCGAGCCGGAUUCUAUAAAAGAGAAACCCAAAUUAUUACCUUCAAAUGUGACAAAGGGAGCACCGACACAAUGGGAGGUUCAAUCCUUGGUAUGCAAUGAGCGAGAAAUCGUAGUGCGGUUACGUCCUCCGCCGUCUGUGACAUCAAUGAAAGAUGUGGAGCUGAUCGCCUUGUCAGAUACAAUAGAGAUUGAUGAAACUGUGGUUCGAUUGCCCAGGACUAUAAAAGUGGAGAAUGUGACUGCAAAAUUUCUGAAGUCAUCAAAAAUUAUGGUUCUGACUUGUCCCUUGGCAUAA